AUGGCCGACCCGAGACCCAGCCCUACAUCAGACCUCCACUGGAGCGACUACAGAGGUGCUAUCCACCAGAUCUUUGCUGCAAAUGCGAACAAGCACCCCGAGAGGACUUGUGUAGUAGAGACUGCUUCUUCCAACUCUCCCAAGAGGGUCUUCACAUACCAGCACAUCAAUGAAUCGAGUAAUGUCCUGGCACACCACCUUGUAGCCAGCGGCGUCCAGCGGGGUGAGGUUGUCAUGGUCUACGCCCACCGUGGUGUCGAUUUAGUCGUCGCUGUAAUGGGUGUACUCAAGGCUGGCGCUACUUUCUCCGUCAUUGACCCUCUAUACCCUGCCGACCGUCAAAUUAUUUACCUCGAUGUUGCCAAGCCUCGUGCUCUUGUGGUCAUCGAGAAGGCCUCUCAAGAAGCUGGAAAGCUUUCAGAUACCGUCCGCGAGUACAUUCAAGAGAAUUUGAGACUAAGGACUGAAGUUCCCGGCUUGCAGUUGCAAGAUGAUGGUUCAGUCAUUGGUGGCAAUGUCGGUGGUCGCGACUGCCUCGACUCUCAGCAACAAUCCCGCGCUCAGCUUCCCGACGUGGUUGUAGGCCCUGAUUCGACACCUACUCUUUCUUUCACUUCUGGCUCAGAAGGUAGACCCAAGGGUGUCAAGGGCCGCCACUUCUCCCUGGCCUACUACUUCCCCUGGAUGCAAGAGCGCUUCGGGCUUUCCGACAAGGACCACUUUUCCAUGCUCAGUGGUAUCGCUCACGAUCCUAUCCAGCGCGAUAUUUUCACCCCUCUCUUCCUAGGCGCCCGUCUUAUUGUGCCUCCUGCCGAGGACAUCACCUUCGACAGACUGGCCAAGUGGGCUAGUGACAACGAGAUUAGCGUCACCCAUCUCACUCCUGCCAUGGGUCAAAUUCUUCUUGGUAGCUUGGAGCCCAAGGUCAACUCAUUGCACUCGGCAUUCUUUGUUGGUGACAUCCUUCUGAAGAGAGAUUGCCGUAGACUGCAGGACUUGGCCCCUAAUGUUCGCAUCAAGAACAUGUACGGUACAACUGAGACUCAGAGAGCUGUCAGUUUUUACGAGAUCCCCAGCAAGUCUGAAGACUCUUCAUACCUCGACAAGAUGGGUGAUGUUAUCCCUGCUGGCAAGGGUAUGCUUGACGUUCAGCUGCUUGUCGUUGACCGCUCGAACAGAGAUCGCAUUUGUGAGAUUGGCGAGAUUGGUGAAAUCUAUGUCAGAGCUGGCGGUCUCGCAGAGGGUUAUCUUGGCCCCGAACUCAAAGAGCUCACUAACUCCAAGUUCGUUCAGAACUGGUUCGUUGACAACGAGAAGUGGGUCAAGGAAGAUCAAGAGAAGGUUACCAAGGCUGGCAAGGAUGAGCCCUGGAGAGAAUUCUACAAGGGUCCUAGAGACAGACUUUAUCGCUCCGGUGAUCUUGGAAGAUACACUGCUGAUGGUAACGUCGAGUGUACCGGUAGAGCAGACGAUCAAGUCAAGAUUCGCGGUUUCCGUAUCGAGCUUGGAGAGAUCGACACUCACCUUUCUCAACAUCCCCUCAUCAGAGAGAACGUCACUCUCGUCAAGCGCGAUCACGAAGAGGAGCAGAUUCUUGUCAGCUACUACGUUCCUGACCUCAGCAAGUGGUCAGUCUGGAAGCAGGAAAAGGGAGAAGCUGACACUAACGUGGCUGAUGAUUUGAGCAUUCCCGAGAGGCUGAAGAUGUUUAACAGCUUGACCAAUGAUGUCAGAGAACACUUGAAGAAGAAGCUGGCUUCUUACGCUGUUCCUACUCUGUUUGUUCCUAUGGUCAGACUUCCUCUGACUCCCAACGGCAAGGUUGACAAGAGAGCACUUCCCUUCCCAGAGAAGUCGGAAUUGCUCGCCGCUUCAUCAAGCCAGCCUAUCCAAGAUGCUGCUACUCGUACGGAGACCGAGAAGGCGCUCGCAGAGAUCUGGGCUUUGUACCUCCGCAGCUAUGCCGCUGAGAGCAUUCCCUCAGACGUUCCCUUCUUCGACCUUGGUGGUAACAGUAUUGCUGCUGUUCAGAUCCCAUCUCAGAUCCGCAAAAAGUGGCCGGAUGUUACCAUCCCAGUCAGUGCCAUCUCUAAGAACCCGACUCUGCAACAACUCGCCGGCGACAUCGACCGCUCCUUGAACCCUGUUGGACUUCGUCUCGAUGCACAAGCCCCUGAGACUGAUGACCAGGAAGAGUUCUACUCAAACACCCUGCCUGAAUUGAUCAAGGAGAUCCCUGCCAAGAUCCAGUCUGCUAGCAGAGAAUCCGCCAAGCAACAAACAGUGUUCCUCACUGGAGCAACUGGAUUCUUGGGAUCUUACAUCCUUCGCGAUCUGCUCUCGUCUGGCAACAAAGUCAUCGCACACGUCCGUGCCAAGUCGACAGAGGAUGCUCUGCAGCGUGUCAAGGCGACGUGCCAGGCAUACGGUAUUUGGUCAGACUCGUGGGCAUCUAACCUUGAGUGUGUUACUGGUGAUCUGCAAGAGCAACCUCUACUGGGCAUGCAGCAGGAUGUGUACGACCGUGUCGCAAAGGAGGCCGAUGUUGUGAUUCACAACGGCGCCAUUGUGCAUUGGCUCAAGCCUUACUCAUCCCUGAAGUCUGCCAACGUUCUCAGUACCAUCUCGGCAAUCAAGUUGUGUGCUACUGGCAAGACCAAGAAGAUGGCCUUUGUUAGCUCUACAAGCGCUCUCGACUCUGAUCACUACGUGGAGUUGUCCAAGAACCUCAUUGCUUCCGGUGCUGCUGGCGUUAGUGAAUCUGAUGACAUGGAGGGAAGCAGACAAGGACUUACUACUGGUUACGGUCAGGGCAAGUGGGUGUCUGAGCGUCUGAUGGAAGAAGCCGGAAGAAGAGGCCUGGUCGGCUCUAUCAUUCGUGCCGGCUACGUGCUGGGUGACCCCAAGACUGGCACUACCAACACCGACGACUUCCUCAUUCGUAUGCUCAAGGGUUGCGUGCAAGUCGGAUCUAGACCCGACAUUACAAACACCAUCAACAUGGUGCCCGUCGACCACGUCGCCAGACUCGUCAUCGCCACAGCUCUGAACCAGCCCGUCGCACCCAUGGUUGUCUGCCACGUCACUGGCCACCCUCGCCUAACCUUCAACCAGUAUCUCGCCGCCCUCGAAGCCUUUGGCUAUGAAGCCCCCAAGGUCGACUUCCCUGCAUGGAGAGACGCUGUCGAGAGCUUCGUCGAGCAAGGCAAAGAAGAGCACGCCUUACUCGGUCUCUAUCACAUGGUCACCGGCGAUCUGCCCGGCAGCACCAAAGCACCGGAGCUCGACGACAGAAACUCUGCUGCUGCGCUCAAGGCUGAUGCAGCAAGAUCUGGUCAGGACUUUUCGGCUGGCAGCGCUGUUACCGAGGACAUUGUCGGACAGUAUCUGAGCUUCCUUGUCGCUAGAGGGUUCAUGCCCAAGCCUACUAAGCAAGGUAUCAAGACUCUGCCUGAGUCCAAGAUCACCAAGGAACAGAUUGAGGCUUUGGAUCGUGUUGGUGGACGUGGAGGUGCUGCUUGA